AACAUGUUGGGCGUCAAAUAUUUAACAGAAGCCCAUUUGAAGGGCUUCGAAAAAUACAAGUACAACAGUAUUGACAAGGGAUACCUGAGCGUUUAUGUUAUGCAUCCGUUUUGGAAUAAAUGUGUAGAGUUUCUUCCCAUGUGGUUAGCUCCGAAUAUUUUAACAUUUGUAGGCUUUCUAAUGACUGUGGUCAAUUUUCUGCUACUCUCCUAUUACGAUUGGGACUUUACGGCAGCAAAUCCCGCAGAAAAUACAGUACCCCGAUGGGUGUGGUCUGUGGCGGCAUUAAAUAUAUUAAUCUAUUACAAUUUAGAUGGCAUGGAUGGUAAACAGGCAAGACGCACCGGUACAAGUGGACCUCUGGGUGAAUUAUUUGACCAUGGUUUGGAUUCCUACUCAGCUGUAUUGAUACCAAUCUAUAUGUUUUCUUUGUUCGGUUCGGAUGAUUUGCCACCGAUACGUAUGUUUUUUGUAAUAUGGAAUGUGUUCUUGAACUUCUACUUAACCCAUGUCGAGAAAUACAAUACGGGUGUAAUGUUUUUACCAUGGGGUUAUGAUUUUACAAUGUGGGGUGUAAGUAUAACUCUGUUUUUGACCACAAUAAUUGGACCAGGCAUUUGGCGUACCCGAACCAUAUUUAAUCUGUCCAUGGCUAAUGUUUUUGAAAUCAUUUUAAUUGGAUCCGGUAUUGUGACGAGUCAUCCAAUCAUUAUUAAAAAUAUUUAUAUGUCGUAUAAAAAUAAGACUGGCAAAAUGAGACCAUUUAUGGAAGCAGUGCGUCCAAUGUUCCCAUUCUUAUGGCUAUUUGUCAUCACCACAAUUUGGGCCUUCUACUCGCGCAAUAAUGUUCUAGAUCUGGAACCUCGAAUUAUGUUCAUUUUAUUUGGAACAUUGUUCUCGAAUAUUGCGUGUCGUUUAAUAGUAGCCCAAAUGUCGGAUACGCGUUGUGAUGGUUUCAACAUCCUCAUGUGGCCCUUGGUAGCCACUGUAGUUGUCAGUUGUUUUCCGUGGUAUAAACAGGUAAUGGGCAGCGAAAUUGAAGCCAAUGUCGAAAGAUGGAUUGUACAGGGUCUAACAAUAUUUGUGACAAUAGCCCAUUUACACUAUGGACAUGGAUUGGUUCGAGAAAUGUGUAAUCAUUUCAAAAUACGCUGCUUUAAAAUUACAAAACCGGCAACCACUGAUGAGGAAAUGCAGCCAACAGCUGAAAUUGUCUAA